AUGCCUUUGCUCAACAACUACCAGCCGUUCCCGCAGACCUUCCGUGCUACGAAAGAACAGGCACCACCUCCACUCCUGCACUACGCGGGAAUGAAGUAUAAUAAUCUAUCGAUGUGCCUCAACUCCAAAGGAAUCCGAUUUUCCGGAGAAAUGGAGAAAUGCAACGCAGAAACUCUUGCGCACAUAGAGUCCAGGCAUCAGUAUCUGGAAGAAGACUCCGGUGAAUUGUGGCAACGCUUUGUGACGAAAAAGUAUCCGGGGGAAGAACCGGAAGAUGGUGAUUCGUGGAAAGAGUUGUAUAGUUUCUUGGAAAAGGAAAGAGAGAAGAAGUUGAAGCAACUAAGCCAGCGUAUUGGAAAGCACCAUCAG